AUGGAGUCUGAAUUCUUCAAGGCGUCGCUGCUGGACGCAGUCAUUCCGGAUGACACCGUCACAGGCGUCUCCCAGCUUGUGGGCGCGGAUGGAGAAAUUCUGAAUGAUAACGGCCGUCUCCUUACUAUCAAAGAGCGGGAGAUCUUGUUCUUCGUAGAUGAACAGUUGAGAACAUAUGCCGUGCUCCGUCUUCCUCAUUGCGACGAAGACACCUUGAAGACUCUUCUCUCACGGCUGUCAUUCAAGAUAGAUGUCUGGGCCUUCGACGACUCGGUGAGAAAUGAGCUGGACGCAGCAGCACCGCCGCCCAAGGACUUGGUAUUCACUCUCGAAAACAUCCAGGAAAACGAGCCUAUAGUCCUAGCCAGUCAAUCACCGGACCGUGGCCAAACCCUGACCCUUAUCUGGGAGGUUGAACUCGCAAUCAAUCGGCCUCGUCUUCGUACUUCCCAGACCAGCAUUGUGCUUGUUCCUUCAGGCAUCAUCACUGCUGCGGAGGAAGGCGAGAAUGGUCAGAACACAGACUUGACUCCUUUCCAGCCGCUCGACUCGAAUGUCCUUGAGCCUAUGCGCCUGAUUCCAGGUCUUGACCGCACGCCGCCGUAUCUUGCUGCUUCGAGGCUCGAACGAGUGCUGCCUGUCGCUUCGAGAAGCAAACCAAGAAUCCACAUACCCCAGGUUCCUUCUCGGCGGCACCGAGCGGUGCCUGCAGUGAUCGCACGCGUUCAUUAUAGCAAGUUGAGCACCUUUUCUCCUUCGAUGACGAAUCUGGCCCUGCUGGACAUUGAGAUCAUCCCCUAUAUUCCUGUGGAGGCUGUCGUUGAACAUAUUGAUCUUGUGCUGGGGAACGGCCGAACCGAGUCUGUGAUGCCGGAGUUCCUGCCAAUGCAUUGCCGGUCCGGAGACUGUCUUACCUUCAUGUACAAGCUCUACCAGGGAAUGGACUCUGGCGUCCCUUUGGCAAGAGCUGUUGUCAAUCCCAAUGUCGAUAUUCUCUCCAUCAAAGUGCGAGUGGAAGUCACGCUAAGCUCACGUUGCCGGCCAGUGGUAAUCAUGGCCUGGACAACCCACGUUGAUUUCACGCAGGCAUUGAAUCCAGCGUUCGGGCCUCCUGCGCAACCCAUCCAGCGAGCGAACAGGCCCGCAAGUCUUCCAGUCAGCAGCGGGAACGGGCCAUCUACGGCGAUGAUCGCCACCGCCACGAGCCCGCAGCCAACUUAUGAUGUUGCUUUGAGAAGUGGCCUCUCCAUCACUUUUACCGCAUCUGAUGCUCCUGUUUAUGUUGGACAAGCGUUCACCUGGAAGAUUUUGGUGGUGAACAACUCUCCAACGCUGGCCAAGAUCGCAAUUAUCCCAUUGCCACGAAUUCACCGCCAGACGACUCAGGCACAGCUCUUCGCCAGAAGGCACGCUCCAAAAUCGUCCACGGCCUCAUUCCAUCCUAGCGAACGUCGGCAUACGAAAAGCGGCGAAGAUGCCGAUAUUGCACAGGCCGUUGUGGACGAAAACGUGGUAUAUGCCAUGCACCAUUCAAACCUCGUCCCUCCCGAGACAGAUUUGAUGACUCUCACAGCCGAGCUCCGAAUCGGGCCACUGGCGCCAGGACAGUGUCAUGAAAGUGAAAUACAAAUGGUUGCUUUUGAGUCUGGAACACUGCGGGUGGAUGCCAUGCGAGUUGUAGACCUGAUUCAAGAGGCCGGCCAAGAAAAUGUGAACACGAGUGUCAUGGCCGAUAUCCGGAGUCUCCCAGACGUUGUGGCAAAGUCACUAGCUACUUGA